GGAGGUGGUGAGGAGGAGGAGGAGGAGGAGGAGGAGGAGGAGGAGGGAGGUCUGUCAGCUGCAGGAUUCCAUCACUCUUAGCAACCGUUAUUGAGUUACCACGGAAACGCUCUGCGAUGUUCUCUGCUUCUCCUUUGUCCUCCUCCAUCUCUUCUCUCUCUCUCCCUCUCUCUCGCUCCAUCCUGUCUUUAUUGCUGGUCGGCUUCCUCCUUGCGUUGCUACGGCGAUGCUCUGGGACAUUCAGCUGGAUCAUUUUGCAGCCGCAGUGCCGGAGCGCAGAGCUCAACUCUUAGCUGUGAACUGCUGAAGGAAGUCGUCAGCCGAUCGCCUCGUUUACUUGUCGGUGUUUGAGCGACUAAAAGAUGCGGUCAUUCCGUUCCUGCUUUUCAACUUUUUAACAAAACCCUACUUUGUCUUGUGACCUUUAACUCGCUGUAAAGGAUCCGAUCAGAUCAUCAUUUUGGAUUGGCCGAGCUGUCAGGUGACAUCACAGGAAGUUGGAUGAAGUUCCAUCAAACCCAAAGGCUCUCCGCUGUGAUCGAUGUUUUCACAACUCCGCCAGUCUGAGAGACGUCCGGACGCUUCACAGAGACCAAACUCCGCCCACCUCCUUCUCCUCAUCCACCACGCCGAGAUGAACGAGGAGGCGCUGGAGGCUGAGGAGCAGGAGCAGCAGGAGAAGGAGGAGGUGCAGCAACAGGAGGUGCAGCAACAGGAGGGAGAGCAGGAGGAGGAAGAGGUGCAGCAACAGGAGGUGCAGCAGGAGGAGGAAGAGGUGCAGCAACAGGAGGUGCAGCAACAGGAGGGAGAGCAGGAGGAGGAAGAGGUGCAGCAACAGGAGGGAGAGCAGGAGGAGAAGAUGCACCAACAGGACGUAAAACAGGAGGAGUUGGAGUCGGAGGAGGUGCAGCAGGAGGAGGGGGUGCUACAGAGAGAAGAGGAGCUGGAGGAGGAGACGCAACAGGAAGAGGAGGUGCAACAUGAGGAAGAGGUGCAACAGGAGCAGGAGGAGGGACAGACUGAGGAGCAUCAGCAGACUGAGGAGGUGCAGCAGCAGGAGGAGGGACAGACUGAGGAGCAUCAGCAGACUGAGGAGGUGCAGCAGCAGGAGGAGGGACAGACUGAGGAGCAUCAGCAGACUGAGGAGGUGCAGCAGCAGGAGGAGGGACAGAAGGAGGAGGAGAUGCAACAGGAGCAGGAGGAGGUGCAGCAGACUGAACAGGAGCAGGUGGAGGAGGAGGAGCAGCAGAUUGAGGAGCUGCAGCAGACUGAGGAGGAGGAGUCGCAGCAAAAGGAGGUGCAGACCGAGGAGAUGUCACAGACUGAGGAAGAGAAGACGGAGGUGCAGCAGCAGACUGAACAGGAGCAGCAGUUUGAGGAGGAGCAGCAGCAGACUGAGGAGGUGCAGGACUUUGAGGACGCUCUGGAGCAGAACCACAACAACCAGGUCCUGCUUCGGCUGAGAGGAAUGCAGAAAUAUAAAAGUACAUCGCAGAGGCUGAAGGGGGUCCUGGAGCAGAUGGACCGCGGCGUCGUGGACCUGCAGGAACUCCGCAGGAACCUGGAGCUCGCCGCUGCGAUGUUGGACGCUGUUUACACUGACGAGACCAAGCGUCUGCUGGACACUGAGGACGAGCUCAGCGACUUGCAGGCGGAGUCAGUGCCCAGCGAAGUACGUGAUUGGCUGGCAUGUACCUUCAGCAGGAAGAUGGGCGUGGCCAAGCGUCGUCCCGAGGAGAAGCCGAGAUUCAGGAGCAUUGUCCAUGCAGUGCAAGCUGGGAUAUUUGUAGAGAGGAUGUACAGACGGACGUCCAACAUGGCUGGUCUGACCUACCCUCCCACGGCUUUGACAGCUCUGAAGGAAGUGGAUCAGUGGUCGUUUGAUGUUUUCUCCUUCCACAAGGCCACCGGAGACCACGCCCUCAAGUUCCUGGUCUACGACCUGCUGACCCGCUAUGACCUCAUCAACAGGUUCAGGAUCCCGGUGCAGGCUCUGGUGCAGUUUGUGGAAGCUCUGGAGAACGGCUACAGCAAACACAGGAACCCCUACCACAACCUGAUCCACGCCGCUGAUGUCACCCAGACCGCCCACUUCCUGAUGCUGCACACUGGACUGAUGCACUGGCUCAGCGAGCUGGAGAUUCUUGCGAUGGUUUUUGCUGCAGCGAUUCACGACUUCGAACACACAGGAACCACCAAUAACUUCCACAUCCACACCAGGUCGGAGGUGGCCAUCCUGUACAACGACAGGUCGGUGCUGGAGAACCAUCACGUUAGCGCCGCCUACAGGCUGAUGGCAGAGGAGGACAUGAACAUCCUGGUCAACCUGAACAAGGACGACUGGAGGGAGCUGAGGGCUCUGGUGAUAGAGAUGGUGAUGUCCACGGACAUGUCCUGUCACUUCCAGCAGAUCAAGACCAUGAGGAACGCUCUGACACAGACACUCAGUAUAGACAAAGUGAAGGUUUUGUCUCUGAUGCUUCACGCUGCAGAUAUCAGUCAUCCAGCCAAAGCCUGGCCACUGCAUUACCGCUGGACUCACAGCCUGAUGGAGGAGUUCUUUAGACAGGGAGAUAAAGAGGUGGAACUCGGCCUUCCCUUUUCUCCUCUCUGUGACCGCAAAGCCACCAUGAUCGCCCAAUCACAGAUAGGUUUCAUAGACUUCAUCGUGGAGCCGACUUUCAGCGGUCUGAUCGACACGACGGAGAAGGUGAUUGGUCCUCUGAUAGAAGAGGACAGGAAGGCCAGAGAGACCGGAAACAGGAGGUCCAGUCUAACAGGAAGUGGUUCGGUUACUGUGGAGUCGGUGCAGAGACACAGUAGUGGUCGCUAUGGGAACAGUGAUGAUGGACAGAUGGACUUUUCCCUGACGGCCAUCGACCUGCCGGCUCUGAGGCUCCACCUAUCCGGCGUCAUCACCAGCAACAAGGACAGAUGGAAAGAGCUAUCUGUGCACGAGCUGGCUAAUAAGGAGCAAGAGGAACAAGAGGAAGUGGAGUCUAAUGUCAACUCUGACGUCACAUCCUCACCCAAUCACAGCGUCCCUGAUGGACACACCUCUGACCAAUCACAGAACUCAGACGGCUCCCCUCCUGAUGAAACACACAACGACAAGUCACCUGACCACAUGCCUGCAGAUCACCUGACCUGGAACGGGGCGGGGCCAGGGGAGGAGAAGGAGGAGGACGAUGAUGAAGAAGUGCCUGAAAAUGCCUGAUGACGCUCCUCGGCGAGCUCACCACUGUAUCUGACUGUGGCAAAUCACCAUGGCAACAGGCGGCGCGGUGCAGUGACAACGAGAGUUCAGACUCUUCUGUUUAAACACAGCAGCUGACUCAAUGGCCCCUCACUGGCCCCCCAAAGGGCCACCAGACCUUCUGUUUACAACUGACCAUGAAAAUAUCACAUUCAAAGUGACAACAUUCAUCAGAUUACAGCUUCUUAGCAGCUUCAUGGUCCAUUCACAGUAGUGACAGUGUUUUGUGAUUUUAUUAGAGACUCAGAGGAAUAAUAGUGUGUGGGAAACAAGUGGGAAUAUCAAAAUUUAAAUAAAAAUAAAGACAGACGGGUGAAAACCAAAGAGCAUUCAGUGGCUGAAGCAUUCCUGUUCAUGGCUAAGGCAGGCUGAAUGUCCGUUAUCUGGAGGAAUGAGACAUGGAGCUGUUAAAAAGCAGUUGUGGAGGUUUUGUUAAUGAAGCUGAGAACAGCGACGGUUUUGUUGUUAAACACCUCCUAUAAUACGUUAUGUGUGUGAAGAGAGAUUUCUGCUCUGUUCUGGGUUCAAAUUAUCAAGCAUGUUGUGCUUCUGGCCCCAAUAUGUGAUGUUAGAGCUGUCAAAGAAUAGCCAAUAAAGAGCUGUUGUUAGCCACAGACAUUCAUGGUUCCCAGAGGAUGUAUCAUAGACUUGAUCCCCUGACUUUUCCUCUAGCGCCACCAAGAGGUUGUUUUUCCCUUGGAAGUUGUUAAGACAUAUCACUAAUAACCACAAAAACCAGAGACUGGAGCACACUGAUAGAUUUGCAGCCUUUAAUUGUGCAAACAGACUAAUUCUGUUUCGACACAUACUGCGUCUUCAUCAGAGUCAAAAAUGUCUCAACAACUAUCGGAUGGAUGCCAUGAAAUUAGUUUCAGGCAUUCAUGCCCCCCGCAGGAUAAACUGUAAUAACUUUCGUGAUCCUUUAGCUUUUCGUCUAGCGCCAUCAUCAGGUCAACAUUUUGUCCAAAAUUUGACCAAAUACCUGCAAAACUAAUGACAUUCUCUUCAGCCUCAGCUGUGCUUUGUGCUUAGUGCUAAACACGCUAAACUAAGAUCAAAGAUGCUCUAUAACAAAGACAACGCAUUGCAGGCAGCGCCAAUGGCAUGAAAUGGUAUACACUUCCUGUCUCCUAAGUACUCGUGGCCGACUCUCCCCAGUUAAAUAAUAAUAAAUAAUAGUAUUAUUAAGCAAAGAAACACAAGUUUUAACUUUUAAGUCUUGGUUUUAUGUCUAAGUCCCUUUAGAUUUCUGUUUAUCCGAUGGUAAAGCGACGUUGGCAGCACUGCAGUGAAACCAGACCGACGGUUAGAGAACAGAUGUUGCCAGAUCUCGCGAGAGCGUGUGGUUGAGACAGAGACAGGUCUCGAUCAAAGUUAGUUUUCUCCUGAUUUGUCUGUCUGAAAAAUGGGUCCGAUAUUUACUUCGGUGACUAUGGGGCGAAAGAAUCGGUCACAAUCUGUGCUCACGUUCACUUGUGAACAGACUCAGGAGCCGUCUCCCUGCUAUACCUGCUAAACAUCAGCAAGCUUUACUGUUGUGAACAUGUUAGCAUGCUGAAGUUAGCAUUUAGCUCAGUAGAGUAGAGACUCAUAGAGCUGCUAGCAUGACUGUAUGACUUGGUUAUUUAUAGGAGGGUAAAACUGGCACUUUUUUUGCAGUACAAUCUUAAACGUGUGUUCAGACUGAACGCAAAGCAUCUUUCAGAGACGAUGCGAGAAAGCCAAUCAAAAGAUGUGUGCGUGAGCAACUCACUCACUCAAGUUGAUGCAAACUGAUGUCUGUGCAAGUUGAAAAUGUUUCAACGCGACAAAAAAAAAACAACCCUGUACGUGUGUGACUCAGCUUCAUGACCGUUAAAGGAGCAGUGUGCAGGAUUUAGUGGCAUCUAGCGGUGAAAUUACACAUCGCAACCAUUUGAAUACAGUUCGCAUCACCCUCCCUUUCCAAGCGUGUAGGAGAAACUACGAUGGCAGCGAAAGUUGCAAAAAACACGAACGGCCCUUUCUAGAGUCGGUGUUUGGUUUGUCCGUUCUGGGCUACUGUAGAAACAUGGCGGUGCAACAUGGCGGCCUCCGUGGAAGGGGACCCGCUCCCUCUGUAGAUAUAAACGGCUCAUUCUAAGGUAACGAAAACACAACGAUUCUUAUUUUCAGGUGAUUAUACACUAAUGAAAACUUACUUAAAUAUUAUAUUCCAUUUCUGCCAAUAGCUCCUCCUAAAUGUUACAUGCUGGAGCUUUAAGUUACGCUGGAAAAAGAAAUCUCAGCGUGUUCAGAAUCAUGUGAGCUUGACCAAAAGGAGCGCAACCACCCAUAAAUCUGCGUUCAGCUUGUUAAAAGUUUCUCUUGUUUAAUUUGCAUGAAUUUGGCUGCUGGAGUGUUUUUUCAUUCCAUGUGAAAAUGGCCACGGUACAGUGCUAGCUGUGAUUGUUAGCUAGCUAGCAAUAUGUACCAAAUGUGUGUGUGUCACGGUCAAACCCCUCCAGAAAGUGGCUCAGCAAAGUUCAUCGGUGCGUCCUUGUGAAAAAGGUGACGCUAGAAGCCUGGUGACGUAGUGACUAUUCGCAGCGCUAGUUGGUGAAGUAGCUGGCGAGUGAACCCCUAACAUGAUAGCCAGACAAGAAUUUGCUAGCGCUAGUCAGUCACAAUAGCUUUUUAAAGACACAGUGAAAAACAAAAACAUUUCCCAAGUUCUCAUCCUGUGUCCCUGUUUUCAUUUAGUAUUUUUACAUCAAAAUGACUAUCCUCUUCCUGUAAAACAUACUAUUUUUGAUGACUCGUCCUGAAUUUGGGGGCAUUUAUCCAAUCAAAUAUGAUGUGGGGAGACUAGCUAGCCCCACCCACCAUACAGCCAGUUAGCUUGUGGGUCAUAGUAGCUAGCAGAGCAAUCAUAGUUAUUACAGUAGGAGGUGUGUGUUUAGAUGUCAGUUGGCAAAACCUUUGUUUACAUUUCCAAAGAACGUGGUUGAUGAUUGAUUUAUUCAUUAUUCAGCUCUUUAUCGCUCAGACACUUUUAAGGGAUUCAAUCAAAUCCCUCACGUAACUAUAUCCUGCCCACAUAUUCCAAGUUACUCGAAAAUAUUUCACAUUACAGGAGUUAAAGAUGCAGCUUCACUGUGACUUUAAGAGAUGUAUUUGGUCCACUGACUCUUGUCUCAUAACUUGACUCUUUUGUGGAGCAGAGCAGGGUUACAUCAAAGCGGACGAAAAGCUGGAAUAAAGUUUGUUAUUAAUGUAACGUCAAACUGACCUAACCUGUACCUGCUGUGACAUCACUGAUUGGGGUGUGGCCAGAGGUUAAACAUGUUUGACAGUUUGAACCCACAGAGAGCAGAGCAGCAGCAGUGAAUCAGUGUGGAUUUCUAACCUUUAAAAGGUCCAGUGUGGAGGAUUUAGUGGCAUCCAGCGGUGAAA